CGCACACUCUCCGAGAGUUCAGGAGUUCAUUACUCGAUAAUCACCGGCUCAAGCAGACUCCUACCACCGCCACGACGCAAUGAUGGGGACACUCAUUCCACUGCAAGCAAUAUCCAUUUUUGCGGUGCCGCUACUUUUCAAGUUGAAGGACUCAAUUAAACAGGCGAAUGCCUCCAUCGAGUCUUCUCAAGGCAUACCGAAGUGGGUCUAAAAUUUUUUAACAGAACUUCAGCUCGGCCAACCGACUGCCAGUGUAUAACUUCGGCUUUAACAUGUAGAGUUCCUCUGAACUGUGAUCCGGGAUUACAAUUAAUUUGAUGGAAUCAAUAUGCUGCCACGAAUGAGCAUGGUUGAUACCGUCGUUUAGCUCAGCUGCGUAGUGCCGUGCUGACCGGCCUGAAGCAUUCCAGUGCCUUCUUCCUCUCACAUAGCUGUUUUUUUUAGUAUAUAUGUGCAGGUCGUUUCCCUUCAGGACUGGUACAACAGCUCCAGACGCAAGAUGUUGCCCGUCCCCGUAGGUUACCCCAUAGAAAGACUGACUGGACCUAUGAUCGUCGCCUCUCUCUUGCACUGGGGACUCUUCGGGACUCUUUCUGUGCAGCUUUAUCUGUACUAUCUGGCAUUUCCAAAUGACAGAAAUUUCACAAAAUACCUCGUCUAUGGCAUCUAUGUUUUCGAGUUUGUUCAGACAAUGUUCGUCACCUACGACGCAUUCGCAGUGUUCGGUUACGGCUUUGGGGAUCUCAUAGCCCUCACUGACAUGCAUUUUAAUUGGUUCGCUGUCCCUAUCAUGAGUGGUGCUGUUGCUUGCGUGAGCCAGGUUUUCUAUGCGUACCGAAUCUUCAUAUUGUCAAAGUCUCAAAUUGUCCCUAUGUUUGUCAUCUGUCUAUCCUUGACCAGCACUGUAGCAGCCAUAAUUACAGGCGUCUACUCUUUCGAAGCAGGUAACAUUAUUGAACUCAAUAAAAGGAAAAUUUACAUCGCGGCUGGGAUUUGGUGCAGUGCAUCUGCCCUGUGUGAUAUGGUCAUCGCUAUCUCCAUGACUUACUACCUCAUGCGUAGCAGCACCAAUUUCCGUCGCACACAAAUCCUGCUCACAAAGCUAAUUCGUCUCACUAUUGAGACGGGAUCUGUGACAGCCGCUGUCGCUCUUGUCACUGUGACACUCUUUUUCGUGUUCCCUCAUCAGACGUUCUACACCACACCCGCCCUGCUCAUACCCAAGCUGUAUGCUAACACCGUUUACAUGGUGCUGAAUUCGCGAAUGCGAAUUAUGGGCGGACGGGAUACUUAUACGUCUUCAACUGAUAUGAGCAUCCCGACAACUCUCUUAAGGAAUACCACUUCCCAAUCAACACAAGACAUACCACGAAUGGAAGGACAGGCAUCAGUUGUCGCGAUAUCUAAGGAGGUGUCCAACAAUGACCGUGAAAUGGGUUGAAUGAAUAUCAGUCAUCGUGAUUCAUGCGCUUUAUUUAAGCCGAUUUCCUCCAAGGACAAAUCACAGGACCAAAGCACACAUCACGUAACAGUCAGAGUAUAUCCUUCGAGCCAACACUAUCCUGGAAUCCGCCCUAGUUUAUUCAUCCUGUUCGUUGUACGUUGUAAUGAAUACCAGUACCAUACGAACCUACUUGCUGAGAU